AUGGUUGAGGCCAGCAAGAGUGUCAGUGUCAUGGAAGAGGUAUAUCAUAAAGCACAUCUAAUGAGACAUUGCGUUUUAAAUCUAAUUGCCAUGUAUGAUCAUAAUCGACCAACCAAGAAAGCAAAAACUCUUGAUUCAUGGCUCAAGAAAAUAAGAGAAGAUCAGAAUAGCAAUACACCUCUUGCAUCUAAUGAGCAUCAUCAUGUCAGUUCUCCUAUACUCGAGCAUAGAGAGUUUGUUCCUACUGCUCCUGCAUCCAAUACUGAUAGUACAAUACUCAAUGAGCAUCAUCAUGUCACAUCUCCAAUACCAGAGCCUAGAGAAUCUGUUCCUAUUGUUGAUUCAACACCUAGAGAUUAUAUUCCUACUCCUCCCGCAUCCAGUAAUGAUAGUGCAGUACUCAAUGAGCAACCUCAUGUCACAUCUCUGACUCUUGAAGAUAUAGAUUUUGUUGUUGGUGAUUUGGAACGAGAUCCGGGGAAACGAAUUCAGAUAUAUGAAUAUCCUGGUCCAAAAGUGAAUCCUGCACUAACUACUGAUGGGUUUAAUGACUGGAAAAGAGUUAAAGAUGGAAAGAAUAAUUGUGUAUUUUUAAAUCACAUUGGAGGUCCAUGCUCACUGCAUAAUAAUUGUGUGAGAUGUGUUGAUGAUUUGAUGAAAACACCACAGCAUGUUGACAUAGUUAUGAACCGCCAAAUCAGAGAGGAAAUUUUGAAGAAUCGGUUGAGACUCAAGACAACCAUUGAAUCUGUUCGUUAUCUUGCAUAUCAAGGAUGUGCUUUUUGGGGUCAUGACGAAUCUGUAGAUUCAAGAAACCGUGGCAAUUGUGUUGAACUUAUAAAGCAUACUGCAAAGUUUAGUGGGGAAGUUGCUAGAGUUGUGUUAGAAAAUGCCCCCAGAAAUGCUACAUACACCUCACCACCGACAAUCCAAAAGCAAAUUUUAAAUGUUCUUGCAAACAAAGUGAGAAAGUAUAUCCGUGGAGAAGUUGGGGAUUCUAGUUUUUGUAUUCUUGUUGAUGAAGCACGAGACUCAUCUCAUAAAGAACAAAUGGCUAUUAUUUUAAGAUUUGUUGACAAAGAGGGUUUUCUAAGAGAACGGUUUUUUGAUAUUGUGAUGGUUGAAGACACUACUGCAGAGACACUUCAUCAAGAGAUAUCUAAAGUUCUUCUCCAUCAUAAUUUACAAGUUGAGAGAAUGCGAGGUCAAGGGUAUGAUGGUGCUAGUAACAUGAGAGGGGAAUGGAAUGGGCUACAAGCAUUAUUUUUGAGGGAUUGCUCAUAUGCAUAUUAUGUACACUGUUUUGCUCAUCAGUUACAAUUAGCCUUGGUUGCAGCUUCAAAAAAAGUUGAUCCUAUUUGGGUAUUCUUUUCUUCUUUGAGUACGAUUUUCAAUGUUAUUUGUGCUUCUCCAAAACGUCUCAAUGAAUUUCAUGUUGCUCAAGUAAUGCAUAUUACAGAAUUGGUGGUAGCAGGUGAGCGUGAAACUGGUAGAGGACUUAACCAAAUUGGUACCUUGCAUCGACCUAGAGCUACUCGUUGGGAUUCUCAUUUUACUUAUGUCUGUGACUUGAUUGAUAAGUAUGAUGCGACAUGGACAGUUCUUGAAUUUAUUAUGGAUGAUAAGUCCACAGGGUCUUUACGUGCCGAAGCUAGUGGUGCUUACAAUGCAAUUAGAUCAUUUCAAUUCAUAUUCAUCUUGCAUUUGUUGAAAGAAAUUAUGGGACUUACUGAUGUCUUAUGUCGAGAACUGCAACAUAAAUCUCAAGAUAUCUUGAAUGCUAUGAAUCUAGUAGAAGUUACAGUGAACUCUCUUCAGAAAUUGAGAGAAAAUGGUUGGGAAAGUUUUCUUGAAAAAGUGGAUUUUUUUUGCAAGCAACAUAGUAUACCUGUAAUGGAUGGUCAACACAGUGUGAGUACACGUCGUCAUUGUUGUCAGCAAAGAAGCAUAACAAUUGAGCAUCAUUAUCGUGUUGACAUAUUUGAUGCUGCCAUAGAUUUUGAGUUGGUGGAGUUAAAUGGCAGGUUCAGUGAAAGAGCAAAGGAACUCCUUAUUCUUAGCUCAUCUUUGGACCCUAUAGAUGGUUUUAAGGCAUUUAACAUUGAUAAUAUUUGCACACUUGCAGAAAAAUUUUAUCCUCAAGAUUUCACAAGACAAAAGUUGCAUAUUUUGAGAAGUGAGCUGAUCAUUUAUGAGUCUGAUGUACCUUAUCAUGAUGUGCUAAACAAUGUGACUACUCUUUCUGAGUUAUGCAGGGGAUUUUUUGAAACAAAAAGAUCACAGAGAUAUCAAAUGAUUGAUCGGUUAAUUCGUCUUGUUUUGACUUUGCCGAUUUCUACAGCAACUAUAGAAAGAGCAUUUUCAGCUAUGAAACGUAUCAAAACAAUAUUGCGCAACAAAAUGGAGAAUGACUUUUUGGCUGAUAACUUAAUUGUCCAUAUUGAAAGAAAGUUGGCCGAGAAUUAUGAUACAGAUUCAAUAAUUAAAGAUUUUGCUUCUAUUCAAGAGCGUAGAGUGCAAUUUGAGUAG